UCGGCUCGUCGUCGUCAGCUCGUGGCGAGAGUCCGCGCGUGUCCGCGCGUGCCAGCGCAGGUGCGCGAUAUUCGCGCGAGUUGCGGGAGCCCGGGUCGCGGCUGAGACCGUAGGGGGCCGCGGCGUGGCGGCGGGACCCAUGGGCUCGCGAUGCCGGGGUCGGCGGUCCACUGAGGAGACCGGAGCCGCUCUCGAGACGGCGUCCUCGAGAAAGAUGGCAGCGGACUUCGACGACGCUCGCUCCUAAAGGCGGCCCUACCUCGACUCGGCCCUCCCUCCGGGGACCCUCGCAGGCCGAUUUCGAAACGCCCGGAGCGCGCACAGCUGCCGAGACUCCGCGGCGCGCCGUAUUAAUAGAAGCCCUCUCUCCGCCGCCCGCUCGCUCUCCUAACCUCCUUACGGGGUGCGCUUCCUCGACGCGGCGCCCAACGCGGGACCCACCAGGAUGUCGCGCGUCUCGCUCAACAAGUCACAGUACAGCCAGUACGGCUCGAGGCGGGUCCGGAAGAUCAGCACGACGGAGAGUGAGUACUCGGUGGAGGAGCAGGCACGAUUGACGAACACCGAUGGAGGACCCGAAGAGACUUCACCGGAAGAUGAGGCAGGAUCGCUCUGUGAAUAUCAUGAUAUACCACCACCACCUGAUGGUGGUUACGGUUGGGUGGUGGUAUUUGCAUCAUUCAUGUGUAACAUGAUAGUGGAUGGUAUUGCCUAUACCUUUGGUGUCUUCCUCGGAGAGUUUGUCAAGUAUUUUGGGGAGGGAAAAGGCAAGACUGCUUGGGUUGGAUCUCUUCUCUCUGGCAUGUACCUAAGUGCUGGUCCUGUCGUCAGUGCACUGACAAACAAAUAUGGUUGUCGAGCGGUGUGUAUGGCUGGCAGUUUCAUUGGAGCGGCGGCAUUUGUACUUUCAACCUUAUCCACCUCUGUAAAUAUGCUAAUGUUGACUUACGGUGUCAUGGGAGGUAUAGGGUUUGGUUUAAUAUACCUACCAGCUGUGGUAUGUGUAGGGUAUUAUUUCGAAACCAAAAGAUCGUUGGCUACGGGCAUAGCCGUUUGUGGUUCGGGUUUUGGUACUUUCGCAUUUGCGCCCUUAGCCACGAUACUAUUAGAAGCAUACAGUUGGAAAGGAGCAAAUCUGAUUCUAGCCGGCCUUAUUCUUAAUUGUGCGGUAUUUGGCGCCAUGAUGAGACCUUUGGAGUAUCCAAAGACUUCAUCCGUCAAACCGCUUCUGCAAAGAAUGGCCGAAGAAAAAAGGUUCCAAAUGGAACGUGGAAGUAUCGGCGGUUCGUACUUCAUGGUACAACUACCUGAUGGGUCAAUGGAGAAGAGGAUGAAAAUGCCUAUUAACAUCGAUCCUGGUGUACACUCUAGCUUCAACUUAGAUCAAUUAGUGCCUGUACCAACAGUACCGACUCUACCAACGAUCUCGGAAGUAAAAGUACAAGAGCACUCGUCCAGCGGAGCAACCAGCAACAGCGGCAGCAUGGAUUUGAAAGCAGUGUCGACCAAAUCCAGGAGCAGGAAGGCCGUAGACGAUAUCAAGGACACCAAAGAUACCACUGACAAAUCCGAGAACGAGUUCAACAAGCCAAACAUUCCCAGGAACGCUUCUCAGCCCGCCUUCACGACCCACGUUCAAGGAUUGCCUAAAAAUGGAUCCGUGCCCUUCUUCGACAGAAUUCGUAAGACCAGCACUGGCGAAAGGUAUAAGCCAUCCUUAAGUGCGAUCAAGAAUUCCAGGUCGACGUUGAAUUCGAACGGGGACAUUAGGAAGAGCUUGCAUCUGAGACUCUCGACGAAUAGCAUGCUAGGAUCUCGAAAUAAUAACACCGAAGUCGAUGACGGCGAGAGCAUUACCUUUACAAGUAAAUCUAGCAUACCGAAGGAGAAGCCCUUAAUGGUACGGCCCUUGUCCAGAAAGGAUAUUUUCUACAGUGGAAGCGUGGUGUAUCUGCCAGAAUACCAAAGUCAAAAGUCCCUUGCUAAUUACCGUCAAAGUGUGAUCUCACUUCCAAAAUCUGUACGCGGGGACGUUCGAGAUGGAGAUGUUGAAAAAGCACCACAGCAGCCACUUUGCCCAUGUCUAGUAUUGCCCGACUCCUUCAAAGAUGCCCUGGCAACGAUGAUGGACAUGUCCUUGUUGAAAGAUCCUGUAUUUCUUUUAAUUGGUAUUAGUAACGUUUUCGGAAUGGCUGGAUUAUACGUCCCGUUUGUGUACUUAGUGGAUGCCGCAGUUCUGGACGGAAUAGAGCCGAAUUCUGCAUCGUUUCUGCUAUCCAUUAUUGGAAUCACAAAUACUUUUGGACGUGUGGCCUGCGGCUACGUUGCGGACUUCCCACAAGUCGACUCUUUGUUGUUGAAUAACAUUUGCUUAAUUAUAUCCACCGUCGCGGUCGCAGCAACGCCUUUUUGCCACACUUACGCUGCUUAUAUCGUGAUGAGUAUCUUCUUCGGGAUAGCGAUAUCUGGAUACAUUUCGCUGACAUCGAUUAUUUUGGUGGAUCUCCUGGGCCUUGACAAGUUGACCAACGCUUUUGGUCUUCUGAUCUUAUUUAGGGGGGCAGCCGCCAUUGUUGGAUCGCCAUUGGCCGGAGUCGUUUACGAUGCGACACAAAGUUACAGUAUCCCAUUUUUUAUGGCAGGAUUUUUUUUCUUUGUCAGUACUAUCACCAGUUUCAUGGCGCCCGCGAUGAAACGUUGCACCACGCCGGAGGCACAACCUGUGAUAUUAGAUACAUUGACGCCUAUCGAUGAAGAUAUCGAAGAGGAAAAUGAAGAAGAAAUCCCGGAAAUAGUAGAAACUGCCCCUUCACCCCAAGAGCAACCCGAGAAGGAGAUCAAGCAAAUAGAAUCCGUUCUGUAAUUGAAGUCAAUGCCUCCAACACCGUUCUGUACAGAAAGAGAGAGAGGGAAAGAAGAAGUCGCCUUUACUCCGAGCCACGCUGUGAUAGGGCUGCCAUUUUGAGGAGAUCUUGAAAAAGGUAUUUCUUUACUUGUACGUAUUUAAUCGACGAAGCACAAAACGGGCGGCACAUACAGCGGGACAUUGGGCGUGUUCGCAAUUUGGAAAUUUGGCCGGUCUCGCUCAAUGUUAAGUUUGAACCGAUUCACGGAGUUUUGUCACAGGUGGGGGAGGGCUAUUGCCUUCUCGAGAAGUCGCUCUUGAAUAGGAUAUUUAAUUAACCUAAUCAGUAUCGAUCAACAGUAUGAAAAUUUCAGAAAA